AGACAUUGUCCAUUGUAAAUCCUGUUUCAUCCUUCUUUAAAACAACACCUAGCACAAUACAAAAAGACCCGGCUUCAAUCAAAUUUGACCGACCAGGUUAAAACAGACUAACUUGAUAAUGUACGCCUGUGCAAAGUUCGUCUCCACGCCGGCUCUGGUCCGUGCUGGCUCCCGGGCUCUUUACAGACCCCUGUCUGCCUCUAUGCUGUCCAGGCCUGAGGUCAAUACAGAGAGAAACGUAGCCCUCAUGCCACAGAGCCCCUUCACCCAGGUAGCUCUCAGAGGCUUCCAGACCAGUGCUGUGAGCAGGGACAUUGAUACCGCUGCCAAAUUCAUUGGUGCUGGAGCCGCCACAGUCGGAGUGGCUGGGUCUGGUGCUGGAAUUGGAACAGUGUUCGGCAGUCUCAUCAUUGGAUAUGCCAGGAACCCAUCAUUGAAGCAGCAGCUCUUCUCCUACGCUAUCCUGGGAUUCGCCCUGUCUGAAGCCAUGGGCCUAUUCUGUUUGAUGGUUGCUUUCUUAAUCUUGUUUGCUAUGUAAAAAAAUCUGUCUAUAGAAACUGUAAUUACAGAUGUGACUACAUAUUUUAUCGUGGCUACCAAAAUUGUUCCGUGUUGGUGUCAUGGAAAUGUACAUUUUCAAGUCUGUCCAACACUCAAAAUAACAAAAACAUGUAUUGUAAAAAUGUAAGAAAUUACAUAAUUAAAAUGCAUGUAUUUGACUAGUUAACAUAUGGCAGUAUGUUUUCUAUGUAAGGAAUCAUGUUUCGCCACAAUCAAGAAGACAACUAGCUUCUAUUGAAUAUCAACAUGGGAUUAUACAAAGGAACUGCUUAAUGUAAAUCAGUCUGGUGCAUUUGCCAUUUUCAGUGCAUCAUAUGUUCGCUUCUGUGGGUCCACGUUGAUGUUGGUUCAAGUGCAGGUCAAUAGCAUUCUGUAAGUAGGCAGCAAGUGGGCGCUUGCUCUUGUAAAUGGCAUUAAAUAAAUCUAGACCACAAUUUGAUUGUGCUAAAUAGUGGUCAGUGGUCCAGAUUAUUUUGGACGUUCUCUGCAUGAAAGUGUUUAGUCUGUCAAAAAGCCUGGAGAUCAUGACAUGAUUGCCCUAAACAACUAUUACAGUUUGGUUCAAGCUAAGCUUGCAUAAAGUUGGUUUAUCCCUUAGUGAUAGAUUUUUAGAGCCUUUCAAUGCGCCUAAGAACACUAGAGGUACAUUGUCAAAUUGGAUGGGCCUGGAGGAAAUUGGAUCUGUAAUGUAUUUAACACGAUGGUUACGUUCUCAUAAAAAUGCCAUAAAAGAUCAC